AGCCCGCCCGGUCGUCCUCGACAGCGCCGCCGCCGCCGCCGCUGCCAUCAGAGCGCGGAGAGGCUGGGCCGCGCCUGGCGAGGCUGCUGGUGGGAAGGCGAGAUCCUCCCCGCCGCCGCGGCCAUCAUGACCGACAACAUCCCCUUGCAGCCGGUCCGGCAGAAGAAGCGGAUGGACAGCAAGCACCGCGGCGGAUGUUGCGAGUGCCUAAGAUGUUGUGGAAGAAGAGACCCAAGGCCUCGAACGGUUUGGCUUGGACACCCAGAAAAGAGGGACCAGCGAUACCCACGCAAUGUGAUCAACAACCAGAAGUACAACUUUUUCACUUUUCUGCCAGGGGUGCUGUUCAACCAAUUCAAGUACUUCUUCAACCUCUACUUCUUGUUUCUGGCCUGUUCUCAAUUUGUUCCUGAAAUGAGGCUCGGUGCUCUUUACACGUAUUGGGUUCCUUUGGGCUUUGUCCUCGCCGUUACCAUCAUCCGUGAGGCUGUGGAAGAGAUCCGGUGCUACAUGCGUGACAAGGAAGUGAACUCGCAGAUCUACAGCAAGCUCACAGCGAGAGGUACAGUAAAAGUGAAAAGUUCCAGUAUUCAAGUUGGGGACCUUAUUAUUGUGGAAAAGAACCAGAGGGUCCCUGCUGACAUGAUCUUCCUCAGGACGUCGGAAAAGAACGGGUCCUGCUUUCUACGUACGGAUCAGCUGGAUGGCGAAACAGACUGGAAGUUGCGCCUGCCUGUCAGCUGCACUCAGAGGCUGCCCACUGCUUCUGACCUUCUCCAGAUCCGAUCAUAUGUGUAUGCAGAGGAGCCUAACAUUGACAUCCACAACUUUGUUGGCACUUUCACUAGAGAGGACAGUGACCCUCCAGUGAAUGAGAGCUUAAGUAUCGAAAACACCCUGUGGGCCAGCACAGUGAUUGCUUCAGGAACGGUUGUGGGAGUUGUUCUGUACACAGGGCGGGAGCUGCGUAGUGUCAUGAACACUUCAAAUCCGCGGAGUAAGAUUGGCCUCUUCGAUCUGGAAGUGAACUGCCUCACCAAGAUUCUCUUUGGGGCCUUGGUGGUGGUCUCUCUGGUCAUGGUCGCCCUUCAGCACUUCGCUGGCCGCUGGUACCUUCAGAUCAUCAGAUUUCUUCUUCUCUUCUCAAAUAUAAUUCCUAUUAGUUUACGUGUCAACCUUGACAUGGGGAAAAUAGUUUACAGUUGGAUGAUCCGGAAGGAUUCUAAAAUUCCUGGCACUGUAGUCCGAUCUAGCACAAUCCCAGAGCAACUUGGAAGAAUAUCCUAUUUACUUACAGAUAAAACAGGGACCCUGACGCAGAAUGAGAUGGUUUUCAAACGCCUUCAUCUCGGAACAGUUGCUUACGGACUAGACUCCAUGGAUGAAGUUCAGAGCCAUAUAUUUAGUAUAUAUACACAGCAGUCUCAGGAGCCACCUGCUUUAAAAGGCCCCACCCUGGCUACCAAGGUACGGAAAACCCUGAGCAGCAGAGUCCACGAGGCAGUGAAAGCGAUCGCCCUCUGCCACAAUGUGACUCCCGUCUAUGAAUCGAAUGGUGUGACGGAUCAGGCUGAAGCCGAGCGGCACUAUGAAGAUUCUUGCAGGGUGUACCAAGCCGCUAGUCCUGAUGAGGUGGCCCUGGUGCAGUGGACAGAAAGCAUAGGCUUAACACUGGUGGGCAGAGAUCAGUCUUCUGUGCAGCUGAGGACUCCUGGCGGCCACAUCUUAAACUACACCAUCCUCCAGAUUUUCCCGUUCACGUACGAAAGCAAACGGAUGGGGAUCAUUGUUCGGGAUGAAUCUACAGGCGAAAUAACCUUCUACAUGAAAGGGGCUGAUGUGGUGAUGGCAGGAAUUGUUCAAUACAAUGACUGGCUAGAGGAAGAGUGUGGCAAUAUGGCGAGGGAAGGGCUGAGGGUCCUUGUAGUAGCAAAGAAAUCCCUGACUGAGGAACAAUAUCAAGACUUUGAGGCACGCUAUGUCCAAGCAAAGCUCAGCGUCCAUGACCGUUCCCUGAAGGUAGCAACCGUGAUCGAGAGCCUGGAGAUGGAGAUGGAGCUUCUCUGUCUGACUGGAGUGGAGGAUCAGCUGCAGGCAGAUGUCAGGCCUACUCUGGAAACUCUGAGAAAUGCCGGCAUGAAGGUAUGGAUGCUCACAGGGGACAAACUAGAAACAGCCACGUGUACAGCUAAGAAUGCACAUCUGGUAACCAGGACCCAGGACAUUCAUAUAUUUAGACUGGUCACCAACCGUGGAGAAGCUCACUUGGAACUCAAUGCCUUCCGCCGCAAGCACGACUGUGCCCUAGUGAUUUCUGGCGAUUCCUUGGAGGUGUGCUUGAAAUACUACGAGUAUGAGUUUAUGGAACUGGCUUGCCAGUGCCCAGCUGUGGUCUGCUGCAGAUGCGCCCCAACACAGAAGGCUCAGAUUGUACGCCUGCUCCAGGAGAGAACUGGGAAGCUGACCUGUGCUGUGGGUGAUGGUGGGAAUGAUGUCAGUAUGAUUCAAGAGGCAGAUUGUGGUGUUGGGGUUGAAGGAAAGGAAGGAAAGCAAGCUUCCCUUGCAGCAGACUUCUCCAUCACUCAGUUUAAGCAUCUGGGCCGGCUACUGAUGGUGCAUGGACGGAACAGCUACAAAAGAUCUGCAGCCCUCAGCCAGUUUGUGAUCCACAGAAGCUUGUGUAUCAGUACAAUGCAGGCUGUUUUUUCUUCGGUAUUCUACUUUGCAUCCGUCCCUCUCUACCAGGGCUUCCUCAUUAUUGGGUAUUCUACACUCUAUACUAUGUUUCCAGUAUUCUCUUUAGUGCUGGACAAAGAUGUCAAAUCAGAAGUUGCCAUGCUGUACCCAGAACUCUACAAAGAUCUUCUGAAGGGAAGGCCUUUAUCAUACAAGACAUUUUUGAUAUGGGUUUUGAUAAGUAUUUACCAAGGCAGCAUCAUUAUGUAUGGCGCAUUGCUGCUCUUUGAAUCUGAGUUUGUCCACAUUGUGGCUAUUUCCUUCACAUCCUUGAUCCUCACUGAGCUGUUGAUGGUGGCGCUGACAAUCCAGACAUGGCAUUGGCUCAUGAUAGUGGCAGAACUACUCAGCCUCUCCUGCUACAUUGCCUCGCUGGUCUUCUUGCACGAGUUUAUUGAUGUUUACUUCAUUGCAACCUUAUCGUUCUUGUGGAAGGUGACAGUAAUCACUCUGGUCAGCUGUCUUCCCCUCUACUUCCUAAAGUAUCUGAGGCGAAGAUUUUCUCCCCCAAGCUAUUCAAAACUCACUUCGUAGGUGGUACUACCAGUGGAGCAGAGACUACUUCUCUUCCCGCCCCGCCCCCAUACCCUCUUUUUCUUUUUGCACAAAAUAAAUGUGUGUUCCUCAUAGUAACGGUUAUGUCCGAUGGUUGCAAAUGGAUCCUGCACUGGCUAGAGAACGUUUCCGAAAGACUGAAAUAACUGGCAGUGCAGCAGAAACAGCCAAGUAAACCGGAGAACUUACAUAUGUGAUCCAGGGUUGGUUUUUUUGGUCAAAUUUAUAUUUAUUUUAACUGAUAAUAAAUGCAUGUAACUGGAAAGAAGCGUUGGCUUCCAGUGGGCAAUUACUGGAAUGGGCUUACUUGGGAAGUAAGUUUUUAAUUUCCUCAUGUCAUUUUUAUAUUACUAUUUAUCUUUUUAGUUCAGGUCCUAGUUUAUAAGCAUUUUGUAUGUCUCGGGAAAUACUUUAGAAUGGGUGAAACCACAUGCUCACAGGCAACUUUAGCCAUGCUGACCUCUUUUGAUGUGUUCCAAUGCAAACCAGAGCUCCAAAUUUCAGCUAAGUUUUCUUUAAUCUGCAAAACGGAAACAAACAAAAAAGCCACAGUGCGUCUUUCCUGCUCUGAAGUUGUCCAAUUAUUUUUAACGGGGAUUGACGCUGGUAAAAGAGAGGUUCUGUUUUAUUAAAUGGUACCAUUUUCUUGGGAGAAUACUUUUGUGUCAUCCAAACUGCCGGCGCAUCGUUAAGGUUAUAACAACCAGAACUAAGACAAACAUGGGGUUCCCACCCCAUAUUCACAUAAUUAAUGCCUAUGAUCAAGGGUGCCAAUUUGAAUAAAAUAUUGGGGGGAGGGGGCAGGUAAGCCCCUCCCUGCAUGAUCAAUCACGACAAGGUGCACGCACAGCAUUUGAAUGGCAGUGCCCAUCAACUUUGCGGUGGCGCAGCCCCUUCAAAUAUUAUCUUGCCGGGGCUGAAGUCUCCAGGGCACCUGGGAGUUGGCUUCUAUGUGCGAGACUACCACUAACCUUGGGCUCCAGGUGGGCAGCUUUUGCUGUAUACUGCGGCCACAACACAGUUUGAGGAAGGAGUGGGCAGGUGCUUCCUGCAUGGCCGAUGGGGUUGGGGAAGAGAUGUUUGGCACCUUCCCUUCCUGACCAUGCCAGGAUGCUGGCUGGAUCCUGUCCUAUGGGGGGACAAGGUGUGCAUGCCCCCACUGUGUUUAAGGGGGUGGCCUGCUGUGGGUCGCCAUGAGAGUGGAAGGGCUUUUGCACGGAGAAUUGGGGAUGCAAUACCUAACCAUGUUAGACACAUUCCUCCAGCCACUGUCCUGUUUUCACCUGGCGGGGAGCAGGUGAUGGAGAGAACGAGAGCUGCAGAAAUAAAGACUUUGCAGAAGGGACUGAAAAGGAGAAUUGACACAUGGGGGAAAGGGUUAAGCACUCUCUCCUUCCUCCUGCUGAUUCUCGCCUGCAAAUGUUCAACACAGAGCUCCCACGUUACCACUAGCUAGCAAAUAUAUGCUCGCUGAGAUAAUACAGAUUACGUUCUCACAUGCAGGUUUUGUUUGGCUCAUCCAAUGGAGCGAACCAAUGUUUCUUCCUGCUCUGUGCAAAUGUACACAGCAGGUGACUGCCCCAGAUGGGGCUAGCAAUAUGAGUAUCACUGUUGUAUCAGAAUAAACACCUUAACCUUCAUCAACCUUUUGGAAGGAAACCAGCUGCUAAUUGCCCCUUUUGAAAAAUAUCUGAAAUGUUAUUCUGCAGAAGCAUAACAGAUGUAUCGGAUUGUAAUAGAGAUGUAACAGAAUCACGAGGGAAAGUUCAUGGGAUACUGGUUAUUUUCUGUAAAGCUUUAAAAAAGUUUCUUAUUAACACUGAACUGCACGUUUUAUAUUUUUCACCGGACUGUACCACUUUGGACUGCAGAUGUGGACCUGUGCUUAGAUGUUCUUUUCCAUGUAAAAACAUCAGUGGCUUUCAGCAUGCAGACAAAGCUCAUCCAGACUUCUCUUUCUCCUGCGAUUUCCAGGCAUGGGUCCAAGAAGUUUUUCUUCUGUCCUGCCACUUUCCCCAUAAAAAAAACCUUGUUUACUGCUGAAUCGGAACAAACGUUAUGCCGCAGAAAAUCCGAUUGUUCCAAUUCAGCAGUAAAUGUGACGUGUAAAAGGGAAGUGUAUCUGCAGGUGAGAAG